GUGUCAUGUUUCUAGUUUUUGAGUUAUUUUGAGAAAACGUGCUGUUAAACAUGGUCUAUUUAUUCUAAUGGAAACUUCCUGCAGGUCUCAGCUCUGACCACUAGAGGUCGCUAAUGCCGACGUGUUGUCGCCAUGGAAACUCGACGAAAAAGACUCGACCCUGCUUUAUGAAAUGGCCAAACCAGAGUUAGUAGUUAAAAAGUCGGUGGUUAGAGCUUUGUGUGGCGGAGGAACUUCUCUAAAUUUAAGUUCUCAGAGAAUAAAGGACGUUCCCAAGUGUGUUUCCAGGUUAACGAAGCUGUCGGUCCUCCUGUUGAACAACAACUCCAUCAGCCGCCUCCCCGCCGAGCUGCUCUCUCUGCGACAACUGGCUGAACUGAAUUUGGGAAAUAAUGACUUGGAGGAGGUCCCCGCUGUGUUGGGCCAUCUGGAUGCCUUGAAAAAACUCUACCUGUUCAGCAACCAAAUUACUGUAGUGCCACCUGAAGUGAUAGGUGGCCUGGAGAACCUCGUUGUCCUCAAUCUGAACCACAACCACAUUCAAAGACUCCCACCAGAGAUUAAAAGCUUGACUAAACUUCAACACCUCAGUGUGCUGGACAAUAAGCUGGAGGAAGUUCCAGUUGAGAUUGGUCACCUUGCUUCGUUGUCUGAGAUAAACUUGACCUCCAACAAGCUGUCUCAGCUGCCUCAGCAGCUGUACCAGUGCAAAGAACUGACAAAGCUGUAUGCAGCCAGAAACAAGCUGACCAGCCUACCAGAGGGAAUCAAGACACUGAAAAAACUUCAAGUUUUGGAUGUUGCUGGGAACAAGUUGACCAUGUUCCCCGUUGAGUUUCACCUGCUGCCCCUGAAGGAACUAUACUGUGAAGGCAACAGGUUUAUACAAUGUGAGCCGAUGCUGUCUGUGCAGGAUGCUGAGGUGCUGUCUUUAAAGGAACUAGUUGCCAGAUUUGUUUUGCAGGAGGACAGGAAGAGGUUCUCUCUGAUCCACAGGAUGCUUCCUCACUACCCGUCCCUGGCUGCCCUGCUGGCCUGUGGCAGCUGUUGUGCAGUCUGCCUGGGCCCCUUCCUCACCACCUGGCUGGAAUGUGUGCAUUUUAUAAGACUCAAGAAGGACAUGAAAAUGAAGACUUUGCUGACCGUCCCGGUGCGCGCUCUUCUGUGUUCAUACAAAUGCUUUAACAGAGAGGGACACUCCUACUAUGGCGUUGCUACAAGAUAAUACAAAUUCAUUUAAAGGCCAGGUGUGUUGGUUGGCAGGGGCCAGCAGAACCAGGUGAGCAAGCUGCUGGCCAGGUGCCCUCCAGAGGCUCGCUACACUGACCAGAUACCAGAUGGCUUCGGAGCACCAGCAGGCAGACAAGUACACACAUACACAAGAAUAUACACACACACACACACACACACACACACACACACACACACACAGUUGUUCAUCCAAGUGGACCUACUCGCUCAUACUUCACAUAUACAGGCGCUCUGAUGUGCGCAGUAAAAAGGGGAGCAUUAGGAAACAUUGCAGCCCUCCAGUGAAUUUGGAAGUGAAAUGCUUAAUGUGCUUUUACUGUACUUCCCUCCCAGUGGCCGAGGUAGAACUCAUGCACAACACGGCGAUAUACAACUCUCCCCACCUCAGAGCUCACAUAAAUGUCACUCACGGAGUCUAAAGCUGGUCUAAAUCAGGAGGAAUUUCCACGUUUAUGGGUCUCCAGUUUCGGUACUUAAGAAAUAUUUGGCGCUUGAUUCAAGCUACUAAUGGAAACUUUUGCUACAGUUUGUGGAGACAUUACACUUUUUUGAAACACGGGCCUCUUAACAGUGGAGACGUUUGUAUAUUUAAUGCUAUAUUGUGAAAAGCAUGAUCUAAUGUGGAUUUAUUUUUUAUUUGACGUACACAAAGAUUUCAAAACUGCUUGAGCAUAAUUUUUAGAUUCUAUAAUCACUUACCUGCAUCUACAUUAUCACUUUUCAAAGUGAUUUAAGAGCAACCAUUGGUUUAGUCACUGACCUAGAUCUUUUUAAAUCCCAACUCAAAACCUUCCUGUUUAAAAUGGCUUUUCAUACCGAGCAGCAUGGUGACAUUUUAUUGCUUUUAUUUCUUUUAGAUGUUAUAUUUUAGUGCUGUUUUAUUGCUGUUUAUUUUAUUGUUUUGUUGUAUAUUUUACAGGCUGCACAGUGGCAUGGUGGUUAGCACUUCUCGCCAUGCAGCUAGAAGAUCGCUGAUUUGCGUCCCAGCCUUCCUGGGAUCUUUCUGCAUGGAGUUUGCAUGUUCUCCCUGUGCAUGCGUGGGUUGCCUCCCACAGUCCAAAAAUAUGCUGAGGUUAAUUGAUUAUUCUAAAUUUGCCCGUAGGUGUGAGAGCAAGUGUGAUUGUUUGUCCUGUUUUAAGUUACUGUAUUGUUUUUAAGUUAUAUUCUUGUUUUUUUACUGUGAAGCACUUUGGUCACCCUUUGGGCUGUUGUAAAGGGCUAUACAAAUAAACUUUGAAUGAUUGAUAGUCACCCAGUAGCCACAAGCCUUUCCUGUUAAAUACAUGAAGGUCCUUUAAGGAUACAGUAUGUAGAGGGAUAUUUGCAUACCAGUACUUCAUCAUAACUAGCCUUGCUGCUCCUCCGUUUCCACAUAACCGCCCAUGCCAGUAAUAGAGUGAUUUGGAUUCAGGGGCGGCUAAUUCUAGAGCUCUGAGUCUCAGCCCAAACCCGAUUAGUUUGACUCUUUGGGUUUGAUUCAGGAUAUAAUUCCCUCUGGGUUAAAUUAGGUCACGUCAUGCCAGAUCUUUCCUUUAUUCACCUUAUUGAGGGGGAUCCUCUACAGUUAAAAAACAUAGCUUUUACUUCACUGACACAGGUCAUUUUAUAAUCAUUUACAAAGUAAGUCAAGGCUGAAAUGACAUAUUAUGGUGGUAAAGUGCAAUUCAGUUCAGGUUAGAACUCCAGAUAUCCACACCAGGUCGAGCAGGGCUAUUUCAGUGCAGAGUUUUAAAACUUUAAUAUAUUCCAUUUACUCUUCUACCUUGCCGGCAGGUCCACCAUAUCUGACAAGACCUGACAGCUUUUGAAGCUAAUAACACUGCAAUACCUCUAUAGGUUAAUACAGUCUCAAGAAGCUGUUUAAACUCAGAACAAAUUCCAUCCAAGCUCAUAGUAGCAGCUACUUGGAUGUAUUAACACGGUGGUGUCUGAGACCUGAAUACAUACAUGCCGUGUAUAAUAUUCAGCCUCCAUACAGAAACAAUGACAGCCGUUUCUUCCGCAUUAGUUGAAGGUUCAUAAAUCACAUCGUGGGCUUGGCCUGCAGAAGACGGAUUGGCCAUCUGUAAAUAUUUAUUCAGCAUCUCUAUAAUUAAACGGAGCCAAUGCAUCAUGUCAGGCAUACAUGUCUGAUGAUAGCGGCUCACACACAGUGCUUGAAUAAUACAGUGGGGAACAGCUUGGUCAAACAUUUGUUGGAGAUCCGAGUGAGAGACAGCGAGACAGACAGAGAGAGAGAAAGAGCAAUGAAGUGACGGAGGAUAGAUGAGUCCAACAUCUUAGACUAGUAAAGGGUAGGCUGAUAAAUGGAAGAUGUCAUUUGACAGAGGGAUAGUGGAAAAGAAAUCAACAGAUAAAAUGAUAAACAGGAGAUGUUACAGAGGACAGAAGAGCAGCUGAGAAAGAUGAGUAGCGUGAAAAGAAGAAUCCAGCAUGUCAGAGGACAGAGAGGCAAAACUAGACUAAGCGAGAAGGUUUUAUGGAGUAAACAGUUUCAUGAUGGUCUGUCAGAAACUGUUUGACCUAAUGCCUCCCUAUGAUAGAGUUUCACGUCUCUGUGGAGGAGAUGAAAUACUAAUUUACUUCUCCCUCUGCGUAUUUGGAGGAAAGUAAAAGUUGUAUACCAAUGUGAUCUUCCAUGAUGAUAAAAGUGUGAGAGCUGUGUGUGAGAGACAGGAGAGGAAAAGAUGUUUGAAUUAGCAGGGACAUUUUGUACAUCUCAUUAAAAGGAUUUUGAAGCACAAGUUAACUCAGUUAAGCAAUUUAGAGCUGGUUGAGUGGCACAAAAAGUAACAACAGGUAAAUUCUGAGUGGAGUUAGACAAAUAAUAUUGACUGUUUCUGAUUUUUGUCUUUAAUUGCAACUAUAUGAGAGGCUGUGGACCCCUUCUACAAAAAAAGUGUAGCUCUAGUUUUCCUCUCAGCAUUUUACUUAGAUCAAGUUUGGCACAGUUUGCAAACCCUUUUCUUGCUCAGUUUGUCCUAUAAUUUCACACCUGUUAGAAACUAGAAUGUUCAUAAAAAUACAAGUUUACUGUGUUUAAAACAGUAACAUCUGAGGUUAAUGACACUAGGCAGUCAUAAAUGAAGUCCAGUUUGUUGCAUCCAGCUGUUUGUCGGAGUCUUUCCUCUGAGUUUAUUCAUAUCUGCAGCAUCAGACGGCAGCAGGAUCCUUAUGAGCAUCUCCAAAGAGAGAGGUUGUGCACAUUUAUGCAUGUGGAACAGUAGUAAUUUCACUCAUGAUGCUAUUUUGUUUUCUGUAAAAUCACAAUUAGAUUAUCACCACAUAUGGACAGAAUUUUCAAAGUUUAGGAAAUCAUAAAAAAAUGAAGCUAUUAGUUAUUUGGACAGUUUAAAAGCUUACUAUUGGUUUAGAUUUAGGUCAGGGGUGUCAAAAGGUGCAGCCUGCGGGCCAAAACUGGCCCUCCAGAGGGUCCUCGUUUUUGUAAUGUUUUGUCUUGGUUUUGUUGUUUUUUUGUCUGACUUUUGUUGUUUUGAUCAUAAAGUGAAAUACUGUAUCGUUCAGUUCAAUAUGCCUGUGACUAAAUGUUUUGUUCCUUUGUAGACACUCUGUGAUCUAUAAAGUGUAAUGUAUUAAUGAUAAACUGAUACAUAAUAUUGUUAAAAUUGAACUUAAUUUUCUUAAGAAAUUUCAGGUUGUUCAUAAUGUUUUAUAAAACAGGUAAUUCCUUAAAUGUGAACAUUUUCAGAAUGUACUUUUUUGCACUGAAACACGGGAAAAACUUGGAUUUGUGGUUAUUUAUAUGUUGUUAUGCUGUGAUUUUACUGGUCCGGCCCACUUAAAAUCAAAUUGGGCUGAAUGUGGUGGCCCCUGAACUAAGAUGAGUUUGACACCCCUGAUUUAGGCUUUUGAUUAUUAGACCAAUAUGACUCAUUAUGCAUCACUUCAUGUACUGUCUGAUUUCACACGAAUGACAAAUAUCCCAUAUGUGCUGUACUGGAUAGACAAGAUUUUGAUGUAUUGGUAUAUGUUGUUGAUAUGUUUACAGGACAAAGCGACUUCAGAACUAUUUAGUUGGAGUUUUGAGCAAAAGCAAACACAUUAUCAGUUAUAAUCAGCUAUAUCAUGCGAAAACCUUCAUCUGGUUUCCCACUGAGCUAAGCACAAAAACUCUCAAUCCUUUACUUCAUGGACCCAUCAAGCUGCAAACACCUAACAUUGCUUACUCAUUCAGCAGAAACAGAGUGACACAAGCCACAGGAGUCCUUUUACUUGCUUUCUAUUAAAUGCAGCUCUAACAUUCACGUAUCCCUGGUUUUGUUUUACAUCUUGUGGCAUGCUAACACAAUGCAGAAAAUUGCUUGUUAAGUAAGCUAUUUGAUUCAAUAUAGACAUCUGGAACAGUGUUUGAAAGUGUUUUAUGCAUUAGAAAUAGAAAAUAGUGGGAGGAGCUGAUGUCAUGCAAAUUAUUAUAUUCUGUACUUAGUCAACAAUACUGUAGUUCUUUGUUCCUUGUUAAUAUAGAUUCAAACAGGCAGAUCAAAUUGGACCUGGAAAAACCUGUACAACAGAUGCAAUUUUUAAAUUUGUUUCUACAUAUCUAAGUUUAUCACAAUUCUAUUUGUCCCCAUAACAAUAAAUGUCUGCUGCUGCUCUA